AUGCGAUUGCAUGCGCUUACACAACCGAUCCUGAGCUCUACCUCGAGGGUGGUCUCCGUUCAAUUUUGCACAGCCGAGGCUGCGAAGGUCAAGGUUUUUCUUGCUGCGUCUUGGACUCAGGACCGGACAAAUAUCUCUUACGGCGACUUUCAGCUUUACGACCCCAAUCUUGCGUUUGUGGACCAGGCGGCGAUGACCAGCACGAUAAGACCUGUGCGUUUCAUCAAUGGCACGUUCGCGGAAUGGACUAUGCGUCUCGACGAGGACAGACAGAUUCGAUGUUAG